AUGAUUGAUACAAAACCAACGGUGAGUUUUAAUCAAGUUAUUGGUACUUCGGGUGCAUUUGAACUGGGAAUGAAUAUUACCAUUUUCGAAUCAAAAUUAACAAAUUUUUUUUUGAAAAAUGGAAUCGAAAAUGAAGUACAAAAGAAAGCCAUAUUGCUACCUGAAUGGGUCAUACCAAUAGUUCCAAUACUAAAAUCCGACUGUACAGUUAGAAUCUGUGGUGAUUUUAAAAUUACGAUCAAUCCUGUGUUAAAAGGUACAGAAUAUCCCCUGCCCAAUAUUGAACACUUUUAUGCAAAUAUAAGUGGCUCCAAAUAUUUUUCGAAAAUAGAUCUCCCAGACGCUUACCAAGAAAUGAUUAUCAAAAAAUCUGAUCCAAAUCGUUUAAAACGAUGGGCAUAUGUAUUAUCAUCAUUCGACUUUGACAUUAAGUACAUUAAUUCGGAAAAAAAUAUAGCUGAUUUUCUUUCGAGAAUUAAAAUCUACUAUCCUAAUAGCAAUAACGUAGACGAUGACGACAGCAUUCAUUUAAAUUUUAUUCAUGAAAAUUCACCGUUCCCAUUAGACUGGUCCAAAAUUAAAAUUGAAAUAAAUAGAGAUCAAAUUACGUCAAGAGUCUUACAUGCGACAAAAACAGAUGAAUGGAGUGACGAUUUUACAAUUAACGAGUUAAAACCGUAUCUCAUUCGCAAAAAUGAAAUAUCUUUGGAACAAGGGUAUUUAUUGUGGGGCUAUCGUGUUAUAAUUCCGCAAAAAUUUAAAAAAAAUAUCCUAGCUGAACUACACUUGUGUCACAUAGGUAUGACCAGUAUGAAAGGCUUAGCACGACAAUAUUUUUGGUGGGCAACAAUUGACAAGGACAUUGAAAAUAAGGUUCGUGAUUGUUAUGAAUGUAUAAACGUUAGGCCAAAUCCACCAAAAUCAACAAUUACUCCGUGGAGAUGGCCUCAAAGGCCGUGGACUAGGGUGCAUUGUGAUUAUUUAGGACCGCACAGAAAUAAAAUUUUUUUGAUAUUUGUAGAUGCAACUUCAAAAUAG